ACUGGAAAGCCCGUGUAAAGACGAGAGGGAGAGCAUAGGGCUGUGCCUGUGCGAAACGGAAGCAACCCCCGUAGUGUGAAGACUUGACACUGAAAUUCGAGGAAGAAGGCGAGGAAAUUUGCUGAACAGAAGGGCUAGAGACUAGAAAGUACAGUUGCUAGACAAUGUCUGAAGAGCCCAGCUUGGGGCUUAGGCUCAAGAAGAAACUCAAGCUUGCGGUUGGAAAGGCGCCUGGAAGGAAGAACUUCGAUAGGAGAACAAGAGAUGGUGACACGAUUGCAGGAACAGGGAGUGUCGAAAAGGCUGCUCGGAAGGCAAAACUGAGGCCUGCAACUGCUCAUGUAAAAAGACAGAGAAUCUAUGGUGGCCAAGAUAGUGAUGUGAAGGUCACGCCAUUCACUGAUGUGGCGACGCACAGGAGGAAGUCUCUUUCUAGAAGACGAAAUGAUGCUGAAGUAGUAGGAAAGAGCAGAGACGAGAGUUUAAACCAUGCUAGUUUACAAGGAAAAUUCUCUCUUAAAAAGCAAGAAAAUGGUGUCAGAAGUCCGAAAGUGUCAUAUGAAAAAGGAAAAAUCAGGGAGGGAAAAGACUAUAAUGUGGAAUCCACAAGGAAGAGAUUUUCCGAAAACACCAUAGAUUCGAGCAAGACAUUGGAUUCCACUGAGAACAAAUCAUGGGGUGUAACUCCAGAUCCGGCAAAGAGAAGAGUUUUCAAGAAAAGAAGUGCAAAUGGUGAUCCAGAGUUACUAAUUGAUCAGCCAAAAAAGAGGAAGCGGGUAAUUCGUUUAGACCCAUAUGAUCUCUCUAAUAAGCGGCUGGAUGAUGGGAUAAUCACUGAAAAUGCCAGGGAGGAGAAAGCUAGUUCAGAGAAAAAAGAUGAGAUGUCAAAGAAUGCUCAGUUCCGUGCAAUACAGCCGAGUAAAUCUAUCCUUUCAUUCGUGGAAGAUAAUUUGUUGGGCCGUAGGCGCUUGAUUGAAAUUAGAAGAGCAGGCUACAACACCGAUCUCUCUGCUCCGUUGGAUAAUAUCCCCUUUACUAACAGUGCUGAGAGAGAAAGAAUUGAAGAAAAUAUAUUCAGGAAUAAGUUGACCUUCUUUGCUGCUGCAAAAGUUUCAUCAUCUUUUCCACCCCCUGACAUGCCAGAGAUUGCCUUUGCUGGAAGAUCAAAUGUCGGAAAGUCAUCACUGCUUAAUGCCCUUACAAGACAAUGGGGUGUUGUACGAACGUCUGAUAAACCUGGUCUUACUCAGACCAUUAAUUUUUUUAAUCUGGGAUCAAAGCUAUCUAUGGUUGAUUUACCUGGAUAUGGCUUUGCUUAUGCAAAAGAGGAAGUUAAGGAUGCUUGGGAGGAGUUGGUAAAAGAGUAUGUUGCCACAAGAGUUGGUCUUAAACGGGUGUGCCUACUUAUCGAUACAAAAUGGGGGAUGAAGCCAAGGGAUCAAGAGCUCAUUGAUUUGAUGGAAAGAUCUCAAACUAAAUACCAAAUUGUAUUGACAAAGACCGAUACGGUCUUCCCAGUGGAUGUGGCACGUAGAGCAAUGCAAAUUGAAGAGAGCUUCAAGGCAAACAAGUCAAUUGUUCAACCUCUGAUGAUGGUAAGUUCGAAAUCAGGAGCUGGCAUCCGAAGUUUAAGAACGGUUCUGGCUAAAAUUGCUCGGUUUGCUAAAGUCUAGUUAACUUGGAAGUACAACGAAGUCCCUGUCUCGAGGUCGUAAAACCUCCAGCAAGAGCUGCAACUCGGCUCAACAUUUUUGUCUGUUGAUGAGUGUGCUGUGCACAAUUGAUCAAUACAAAUUUUGGCCAAAAGAAAUUUGAACCGUUGUCUUGUUUGGAAGAAGAAUAUUCCCACAGGCUGCUUUCUGAUCAAAUCCGGCACUUGCGCUCAAGGGUCAAUCUCGUUGUUGUUGUCCUUGUGGCGCGGCCUUGCCUUUUCAAUUUGUCCUUCCUUUUGCCGAUGUCAUCUAUUGCCGAGCAGAAGAAAUGGACUUUAGUGGAAUUCUUCAUUUAUUUAUUGUAUUUUUUGGAGUAAAUUUCUUUGAUGCAGCAAAUGCAAAUCUUAAAAUUGCCCUUGAUUUAUGCUCAUAAAUGGAUGAUGACAUUGACAGUUUGAGUUGGUGCACCAUUUUUGACUUUUCAACCCAUUAGACGCAAGCCAAGCCAAGCUUUAUUACUUAUGGCUGCUGACUCUUUCUUUUCAUUGAAUAAAGAAUAGCAGCCAACCACCACUAUCUCUAUUGUUUUUAUGUGUUUUGUAUAAAGUGUUUUGGUUGUGGGUUACCACUAACCCAAUUAAUCCCUAA